AUGGCCCAAAGUAAGGCAGGAUGGUGGCGCUAUACUGCGCUUGCUUUCUUAUCACUGCUUGUGAGCAUCGGCGGUGCUGCACUCAUUGGAGAUCCGAUCACAUCGUCAUUGAAUGUAUCAGCCGAGCUACUAUCGAUCAGCAAUAAUUCGCUAUCUCUCAACGAAGAAGUUCCCCCCGAAAACUUUUUUCUCGAACCUCGUCGCAGGGAGAACUUCAGAUAUCUAGGUAGACUGGAGACCUGGGUAGCAGUCAUAAACUGCAUAGGCACUCUCGGCUUUGCGGACUGGAAUGGUCGCCAAGCUCUCAUGCAGUGUCCUCGGGACACGACACCAAAUGUUGGCAUCAACGUAUUAGGGCAGGACACACCCGCCCCUCCGUACAUGAUGACUAAACACAUGAUGUGGUCGAUGGUGUCUAUGGCAGCCUGGUCGGAAGACAAUCAAGUUGGACGACUCCAGUACGGGGAAACGAACUUCAGAAUUAAGAUAGGAGCGAGUUUAUUAGGUGGUGGUAGCUUGUUCCAUCGGAGCCGUCUUCCCCCAAGCCCGCCUACAAGCACUGUGACGGGGGUUCAAACUUCUUUUCCAGUGUCAGCUCUCUCGAAGGAUCUGAACGCUAUCGAUGAUACUACUCUCGACAAUUUGAAUGCGAUGCCAACGUCAAACCUUAGUGCAUUGGACAACAACACGCUGAAUAUCCAACAGUCAGACAGUUCAUACAACAUCACCAUGGUAUCCAACAUCAAAUAUAACUUUACCGACGACCCAGCGAUAAUGCUCGCUAUGGGGCCGUUCGUCCCAUCAGGUCCAAUACUAAUGAAACCUUUCCAGUGGUAUUUCACUAUCAUGGACCGCAUCAUCGUCUUCUCCGAGCUAGACGCAUUCAGUAUAUUCACAGGCGACACCUACUACGACGGAUCUCUCGAUUUCACAAUCGACAUACAGCCGAUCAGUGAGUCCAGGGGCGGGGUGCCAGAGAUAUUCAGGGUAGGGAUGGUACUUCAAGCACUCACAAUCCUCGGACGUGUCACAAACGCUGUCAGGAUCCCAGACAGGUACCGAGGAUACCAGGCGGUCAUCAUCUUCGCGGAUCACCCGCUUGGGAAGAUGAGGAUGUUUAAGGGUCGUACGCCGCCUCCUAGCGACACGUUGCAAGUAGCUAGCGGAGUAGGAACUUUAGCUACUUCAUAG